AUGGAGCAACAGGUGGUGACCCAAUUUAUUAAGCUAAAUGAGAAUAACUGGAACGUGUGGAAGUUUCAAAUCAAAGUAAUACUUACGGCCAAGGAACUCUAUGAUAUAACUGUGGGAAUUGUAAAACAACCUGAUGGAGAACACACAGGGAAGGAAGUGAAAGAGUUCAAAGUGAAGGAUGCGAAGGCACAGGAAGUGUUAGUAACACGCAUGGAGUCAGGUCCUCUCUUUCAUAUAUUAAUGUGUGAAUCGGCACAUGAAAUGUGGACAAAACUGGAGUCGAUAUAUGAAAGACAGUCGAAUGUUAGUGUACACUUACUGCAGCAGAAGUUUUUUAAUAUGAAGUUUGAAGGCAGUGUAAUGGAUUUCAUAACUAAGAUACAAAAUCUGGUUGCGCAAAUUAAACAACAAAAGGAAAAUAUACCAGAAAAUAUGGUUAUCACAAAAAUACUAAUGUCCUUGCCUGAACAAUAUAAACAUUUCGUUUCCGCGUGGGAGUCGGUUCCGGAAGACAAGCGUAAUUUAACAAACUUAAGUGCAAGAUUAUUGGUAGAAGAAGAACGUUUGGGUUCGGGUGAAGAGACAGUUGCACAACAAUCACAAGUGAAGUGCUUCUCUUGUGGUAAAGCCGGGCAUAAAAAGGACGAAUGCAGAAGUGGUGGACGGUUUAAAAAUAAAAAUGUCGAGUGUAACUUCUGUAAGAAAAAGGGGCACAUGUUUAAAGAUUGCUGGUUCCGAAAAUCGAAACAGAAAACAAAGGAGGAGAGCAGUGGCAGUGGUGAAGGAGGUUGGGCAUUCGGUUGGAGUUACUGA